CGUUUCUCUCUACACAAACAACAAACAGUCCCGUAUUAACGUGUCUCUUUCUCUUUUUCUUUCUCUCUCUUUCUGUUUCCUUUUCCCUCCUCCUCCUCCUCCUCCUCCUCCUUCAAUUUAUUUCAUUAUUGAGCUCUGUUUGUUUCUUGGCCAGAACUUAUCAGUUAUCGCUUUCUAUAAAAAAAAAUCUCUUUAACGGGUUGGUGUUGGUAUUUGAACACACAUACAAUUUUCUGUUUAUUAAGAGAAAUAGAGAGGUUUAAGGAAGGGUGAGAAAUGGAGGGAAAGAAGCGGGUGGCUUCAUCUUCUUCCUUCACUUCUGAACUUUUUGGCUUCAAGGAUUCUACGUCUUCUGCUGGGAUUUUUAGCUCUAUAUUUGCGCCUCCUUCUAAGGUAUUGGGGAGAGGGUUACUGCGAUAUGAAGUCAUGGGAAAGAAGCAGGAUUCUGCAAAUGAAGCUUGGAAUACCAAACCUGGAGCUCCAGAUGCCACUUCUAAAAGCAAUCAGGGUGAAGGACAGAACAUGCCAAAUAGAGAUACAAGUUCCAUCUAUCAGGAACAAAGAGUACAACCAUGCCAUCUCAGUUCAUCAAUCUACUACGGUGGUCAAGACAUAUAUCAUACCCAGAGCUCUAGCAUGACCUCAACGUUCAAGAAAGAUGGGACUGAAGAUGACUCUGGGAGUGCUUCACGAGGAAAUUGGUGGAAGGGGUCUCUCUAUUACUAAGAUCUCACCUGCCGUCAUAUUUACUUCCUAGGUAAAGGGACAAAACAAGGCAGCACCUCAGUUUAGCUUUUGUUAUAUGGAUGACGUGAGCAGUCAGACGAUAGCAGACGGGUGGUUUACCUUUAGCUAAAGAUAUACUAGUAUGAAAAUUAUCAUUCCAGUUUUUCUUUUUCCUUGUAACAUAAUGUUUGGUUUAGGAGCUUAAACUGGCGGAUAUUUUAUAUAUGCUCCUUCUUCUCACCCUUAAUCUAUCUUAAAACUGUAAAUAUGAACUACUUGAAAUAUUUCAUAGUCUUGUUCUUUCUGGCCCCAAACUUCCCCUUUGUAGUUAACUGUAAGGUUUGUUGGAAAUUCAAAUGCUUAAAUUUUCUUGGA